UCUGCACCAACAGGACCCGGCCGCCCGGCGCUCGAUCUGCACCAACAGGACCCGGCCGCCCGGCGCUCGAUCUGCACCAACAGGAUCCGUCCGCCCGGCGCUCGAUCUGCACCAUCAGGACCCGGCCACCUUCGUUCUCCCACCAUGAACUGAGCAAAUCGUCAUGGAUUUACCCAAGAAACUCGACCUUUCAUGGAUUCCUGCAGGGAUGGAUCGUAGCUCGGCUUGUCGAGUUGUGAUUCAGGUUCCUGCGUAUGUGGAGCAACCUGUUGAAGAGUACCAUGUCACUAGCAAAAACAGCAUUAUUGUAGACAAGGACACUACAAAUUGGAUUGAUUUCUCGGCUGAGCUAGAUGCAAUGGUCAAGCAUGGUGAGCAGCAGGAGUUGCAUGUAUCAUUCUUGGAUAAAACUUGCAAUGAAUAUGUGCGGAUUGCUUCUGAUGCUGCACUGCUUGAGGCAUUUUCUCAGUACUGGGACAUAAGGAGGCUACUAUUACAAGUGAUAGUUCACGACGUCAAACCUCUUGAAGAGGUUCUUCCUUCUACUAACCUAGAGACUGCUCUAGUUGUUGCAUGUGUCGUGCCAUCUUCCGCUCCUACUCAUAAAGAACUAGACCUAAACAAGCCAGCAUCUUGGGGAGAGGAAGAUGAAAUUGAGUAUGUUGGGGUGGAUGAUGAGAAGGAGAAGUAUAAGGAUUUUAAAUUAGACGAUGAUGUUAUGAUAGACCCAAAUUAUAUUGCUAAUUUUGAUGGGGAAGAUAGCGAUGAUGAGUUGAGUGUUGAUGAUGACAAGGGAUGUGAAAUGCAUGUGCAUGUCACUGAUGUAGAAAAUCCUAAGAUAGAAGUUGGGGUUACAUUUGAAGAUGGUACCAUAUAG